AUGAGAUCUAUACUCCAAUUCUUUUGGCGAGUUUUGUGGACUUUGGGACAUGAGAGUUUGGAGGGUUAUUUUGAGGAUUGGGGUUGUGGCGAGAGGAUGAGUUCUAUUGUAAGUGUCAGCUUUUCUACUUUACCUGGUGAUUUUCUUUUUGGGUUUUCACUGAUACGAUUUCUCCACUAUUCUUGCCCUCACACAAUUCACAAACCUUUAAAAAAAAAAAUCCGCACUCUCUCUUACGCUCAAAUUUUCACUGAAUCCCAUUAUGCCGAAUCUGAAACUGAAACUGAAACUGAAACCGAAACGAGAUCGGAAAGCGAAUACGAGUCGUCGAAAGAGCCAUGUCCCUGAAACUGGCUGGAGCUCCCACGCGAUGUGACGGCGUCGAUUCUGUUGAGACUAGGAGCCGUAGAGAUCAUUGAGAGCGCUCAGAAAGUAUGCACCCAAUGGCGCAACAUCUGCAAGGAUCCAUCCAUGUGGCGAUCCAUCGACAUGUGGAAUCUUGGUAACUUACAUGCCAUGCCCUAUAAUCUCGAGAAAAUUUGCAGGCACGCUAUUGAUCGCAGCUGUGGUUGUUCGGUCGAUAUCAAUAUUGAGUACUUUGGUACGGAUGAGCUUCUCGCUUAUAUCACUCAGAGAACAAGUAUUCUCAUACGCCUUCGACCUAUAACUUGCUGGGAUAUUUCAAAUGAGGGAUUGAGUGAAGCAGCUAAAAAAUUUCCAUUGCUGGAAGAGCUUGAAAUUUAUUCUGGUAAUACUGGCAAAGAUGCUAUAGAAGCUGUUGGGCGUUGUUGCCCUCUUCUGAAAGCAUUCAAAUUUAAUGGAGAUGGGAUCAGAGACCCCGCUUUUCAGGAUGACAAGGAGGCACUGGCUAUUGGAGAACACAUGCAUGGAUUGCGCCACCUUCAACUUGUUGGAAAUAAUCUGACAAAUCAUGGCUUGCGGGCCAUUCUUGAUGGGUGCCGUUACCUUGAAUCCCUUGACCUGCGCAGUUGUUUCCAUGUUAAUCUAAAAGGGGAUAUGGGGAGAAGAUGUGCUGAACAGAUCAAACUUUUGAGAUGGCCCAAUGAUUCAGUUGAUGACUUUGAAUUCAAUGCAGAAAUUCAUGGUUCUGGAUAUUCUAAUAUUGACUAUACCUCUUUUGACUUCAGUUUUGAUUAUGAUUAUCAUGACGGUUUUGAUGGUUAUAAUUCCGAUUUUAAUGCAUUUCUUAUAUAGCCAGUAAUGAUUGAUGAGGUGAUGGAUCUUGAGAAAAAGCUGAAGUGAAGGAUUUUCGGAUGGCCUAAGAGUAAGUUCUUUUGGACAGUUUUAGACAGGAUUGAAGCUAAGCGAUAUGAUAUUUUCAGAAACUCAGACCCAUUUGUAAAAUUUAAAAAGUUUGGGUGCAGCAAAACACUCUACUCUUGCAGUCUUUUGGUGAUGAGCCAUUUUAUUGGAGCUAAUUUCUGAUGCUUAUCCAUCCUUUUUUAAGUAUCUAUUUCUAGGAGAAUUUAGUUUGUCUGAGUGUAAGGACAAGUUUUUAUCGUAUCCGUUUGAUAUUGUUAUAUCUGUUUUUUUUUU